AAAGCGGCUCCUGACGACGGGGACGGAUGGACCCGCGUGCAGAGCAAGCGGGCCCGAAGGAGGACGCUUCACGAGGACGGCGGGGAGGACCGAUCGAGCGGACCCCUGCCGGAGUGGAGGCUGGUGUCUUCGGACUUCAGCACCCACUACCAGGCCAUUCGGUGGAUGGAGGACGAGCGGAAGCUGCGACUCCGGGUGACGGUCUCCCGCGCGGGGGACUUCCUCAUCCGUGCGUGGGACUGGGACCACGCCACCACCCUGGACGAGAUUGCUGCUGGACGGACCCGCGGCAUCACCCUGGAGAAAAAGGAGGCGGCGGUGAAGGGUGUCCUGCUUGGAUACCCAACCCACCUCCCAUUGGACCCGGUGUUGGCGCACCCCUGCGUUGCAGCUGCAGUGAGGUGCCACUACAACGCCGGCCACGGACGACGCCUGCCCACCCGGAGCGUGCAGCUGACGCUGCGGGGACGUGUCCCCGCCUCGCUGGACCUCGGAUGCUGGGGACGUUUUACCUGCCGCCGCUAUGUGCCGGAGCCUGUGCGCUGUUACAAGUGCCAGGCUUUCGGCCAGCAACGGCAGUGGACCCGCCAGCAAGAUGAAAAAGAGGACCAGGGACGAGACACCCGAGACGAGGGACGCGCCGACGACUACGGAGGAGCCAGCACCUGA